AUGGGUUCGUUAAGAUUUUCCAUUCCAUUGGACCCAUUUGACUCGAAAAGGUUUCAUUUUUCUGCGAACCCACUUCAGUUUCCUGAUCAAUUUCCAAUUUUUUCAGUUACCAGUAGUAUUUCCGCCACUAGAGCUUUCACAAUCGGUUCUCCGACUAGCGUUAGUAAAACCCGAGUCGCUCGCCUCGGUACUGAAGCAAACGAGGCCGAGAAUGCUAUUGAUUCUUCGACCGAAAAUGGUUCUGUAAGUGAAGCUACCGUCGAGAAAAUCCGGAUUUCUAAACUGAAAGGUAGAGAUACGUUCUCGAGUGGUAAUAAGAGAUGGGCAAAGAAAGAUGUAGCUCGAAACUUCAGUUUCAGAAGAGAAAGCAAUGAGCUUGAGCUUGAGGGUUUGUUUGUGACCAAUGGGGAAAUGGAUGUUAACUAUUCCGCUAUUAAACCAGGUCUGAGUUUGGAGCAUUACAACGCUAUAUUGAAACGGCUCGAGAGUUGCAGUGACACCAAUGCCGUCAAGUUCUUUGAUUGGAUGAGAUGUAAAGGCAAACUAGAAGGUAACAUUGGAGCCUACAGUUUGAUUCUCAGAGUUUUAGGAAGGAGAGAAGAAUGGGAUCGAGCCGAGGAUCUGAUCAAAGAGUUGUGUGGAAUGCAGGGGUUUCAGAAGAGCUUUCAGGUCUUCAACACGGUUAUCUACGCGUGUUCUAAAAAGAAGAACGUGAAGUUAGGUUCAAAGUGGUUUCAGAUGAUGCUGGAGCUCGGUGUUCGACCAAAUGUGGCUACCAUAGGUAUGCUCAUGGGUCUUUAUCAGAAGAACUGGAACGUCGAUGAAGCCGAGUUCGCGUUUUCUCAUAUGAGAAAGUUCGGGAUCGUGUGUGAAUCUGCUUACUCCUCUAUGAUAACGAUUUACACGCGUUUGAGAUUAUAUGUUAAAGCAGAGGAAGUUAUACGCUUGAUGAAAGAAGAUGGAGUGAAGCUGAAUCUAGAGAACUGGUUAGUGAUGCUUAACGCUUAUAGCCAGCAGGGUAAGAUGGAGCAUGCCGAAUCUGUAUUAACCUCUAUGGAAGCAGCAGGUUUUGCUCCAAAUAUCAUUGCGUACAAUACUCUCAUCACUGGUUAUGGUAAGGUUUCUAAAAUGGAGGCUGCACAUAGUUUAUUCCACCGACUCUGUGAUAUUGGGCUGGAACCGGAUGAAACAACAUACAGGUCAAUGAUCGAAGGAUGGGGCCGUGCUGACAAUUACGAGGAAGCAAAAUGUUACUAUCAAGAGCUGAAGCGGUUGGGAUAUAAACCCAAUUCAUCCAAUCUUUUUACUUUAAUCAAUCUGCAGGCUAAGUAUGGAGACAACGAUGGUGCUAUUAAGACUAUCGAGGAUAUGGUAAAUGUGGGAUGCCAAUAUCCUUCGAUCCUUGGCAUCAUUCUUCAGGCUUAUGAGAAGGUGGAGAAGCUUGAUGUAGUGCCUUCUGUUCUCAAAGGUUCUUUUCAUAACCACAUCCGUUUGAACCAGACUUCUUUCUCAAUUCUAGUGAUGGCUUUUAUCAAACAUGGUAUGGUUGAUGAUUGCUUGGCGUUGCUGCGGGAAAAAAAGUGGAGAGACUCGGCGUUUGAGUCCCACUUGUAUCAUCUGUUGAUUUGCUCUUGCAAAGAAUCUGGUCGGCUUAACGAUGCUGUGAAGAUAUACAACCAUACGAUGGAAUCCGAUGGCGUGAUAAAUCUGCACAUUACAUCCACAAUGAUUGAUAUCUACACUGUGAUGGGUGAAUUUGGUGAAGCGGAGAAGCUUUACUCAAAGUUGAAGUCUUCUGGAGUUGUGUUGGACAGGAUUGGGUUCAGCAUCGUGGUGCGAAUGUACAUGAAAGCCGGAUCCUUGGAAGAAGCAUGCUCUGUUCUAGAGAUCAUGGAUGAGCAGAAAGACAUUGUUCCGGAUGUGUUCUUGUUUCGUGAUAUGCUUCGGAUAUAUCAGAAGUGUGGUCUUCAGGACAAACUCCAGCAGUUGUACUACAGGAUCCGAAAGAGCGGGAUCCAUUGGGAUCAGGAGAUGUACAAUUGUGUUAUAAACUGCUGUGCACGUGCGCUUCCGCUCGAUGAACUCUCAAGAGCUUUUGAGGAGAUGAUCCGGUGUGGAUUUACUCCUAAUACAGUCACAUUCAAUGUCCUCCUCGAUGUUUAUGGUAAAGCCAAGCUCUUCAAAAAAGUCAAGGAGGUUUUCUUGCUAGCGAGAAGACACGGAGUUGUGGAUGUGAUAUCUUACAACACCAUCAUAGCCGCUUAUGGACAGAACAAGGACUUCGCAAACAUGUCAUCAGCGGUUAGAAAUAUGCAAUUCGACGGGUUCUCUGUGUCUCUUGAAGCUUAUAACUCUCUGCUGGAUGCAUACGGGAAAGACAAACAGAUGGAGAUAUUCAGAAGUAUCUUGAAAAGAAUGAAGAAGUCUACUUGUGAGACGGAUCGUUAUACAUAUAACAUCAUGAUCAAUAUAUAUGGAGAGCAAGGAUGGAUCGAUGAAGUGACGGAUGUGCUGAGAGAAUUGAAAGAAUCUGGACUUGGUCCUGACUUGUGCAGCUACAACACGCUGAUAAAGGCGUAUGGUAUAGGAGGAAUGGUUGAAGAAGCUGUUGGGUUGGUGAAAGAGAUGAGGGUAACAGGGAUAACACCUGAUAAAGUAACUUACACCAAUUUGGUCACAGCUUUGCGCAGGAACGAUGAAUUUCUUGAGGCUAUUAAAUGGUCGUUGUGGAUGAAGCAAAUGGGUAUAUAA